AAAACUCCAUCAAUUAAUCCUUCAAAAAAUCAUCAACCUUCUACCUAGUGAUGAUACUGAUUCCAAUGGAGAAGCCAACCCACAUAGUGAUUGUUCCAAGUCCUGGCUUCAGCCAUUUACUUUCACUCAUUGAAUUUUCCAAAAGGCUAAUCCACCACUCCAAUGGCUUGCAAGUCACAUGCAUGAUUCCCACACUUGACUCACCCUCUGAACCCUCCAAAGCCAUACUUCAAACUCUCCCUUCAACCAUUCACUCCAUUUUUCUUCCCUCAAUCCACUUCAACAAAGAGACACAGACUCCAAUAGCAGUCCAAGUUCAACUCGCAGUGACUCACUCUCUUCCCAUUAUCCGUGAGGCUUUGAAAACCAUAAGUUUAAGCUCAAGGCUAGUUGCCAUGUUUGCUGAUAUGUUCGCAAGUGAUGCUCUUAUUUGUGCUAAGGAACUCAACUUGUUGUCAUUUGUUUACUUUCCAUCAUCGGCCAUGACACUCUCUUUCUGUUUUUAUCUACCGAAGUUGGAUCAAACAUUUCCUUCUGAAUUCAAAGACCUUACAGAACCUAUAGAAAUUCCUGGCUGUGUUCCAAUAUAUGGGAAGGAUUUACCAAAACCGGUUCAGGAUCGAACCGGCCAAAUGUACGAGUUCUUUCUUAAACGAUGCAAACAACUCCAUGAAACCGAUGGGGUCUUGGUUAACAGCUUCAAAGGCAUUGAAGAAGGGCCUAUAAGAGCAUUGGUAGAGGAAGGAAAUGGUUACCCAAAUGUUUAUCCGAUUGGACCCAUUAUGCAAACAGGAUUAGGUAAUUUAAGAAAUGGGUCUGAAAGUUUAAGGUGGUUGGAGAAUCAGGUACCAAAUUCUGUUCUUUAUGUUAGCUUUGGAAGUGGAGGGACACUUUCAAAAGACCAACUCAAUGAGCUAGCUUUUGGGUUGGAGCUAAGUGGUGAGAAAUUCUUGUGGGUUGUGAGAGCACCGAGUGAGUCAGCCAAUUCUUCUUACCUUAAUUCUCAAAGUGAUGACUCUUUACGAUUCUUACCAGAAGGGUUCAUUGAGAGGACCAAAGAAGAACAAGGUUUGGUGGUUCCUUCAUGGGCACCUCAAGUUCAAGUUCUUGCUCAUAAAGCAACUGGUGGGUUUUUAACUCACUGUGGAUGGAAUUCCACACUUGAGAGUAUAAUGAAUGGUGUACCACUCAUAGUGUGGCCACUGUUUGCUGAGCAAAGAAUGAAUGCAGUUACGCUAACUGAUGACCUAAAAGUGGCACUAAGGCCAAAAGCUAACGAAAAUGGUUUGGUGGGAAGAGAGGAAGUUGCUAAGGUUGUAAGAAAACUAAUUAAGGGUGAAGAAGGCAGAGAAAUUGGUGGAAGAAUGCAGAAAUUGAAGAAUGCUGCUGCUGAAGCACUUGAAGAAGAAGGUUCAUCUACAAAGACUCUAAUUCAGUUUGCAGAUAAUUUGAUUGGCAACUAGGGUCAUGCAUGUAUUGGUAAAGGUCUAUUUUCUUUCUAAUCUAGUCUACUUGAGAUGGUUGUUUACUUGUUUUCAAUAUCUGUUAUCAGUUUAUAUAAUAUAUGAAAUCUGAGAUGUGCAAGUACUGUAAGUCUCUGUAAUGUUGUAAUUUCAGAGUUUUUUUUAAGGCAUACUUUCGAAGUUUUAGGAAGCGCAAA